AUGGAUAACAGUGGAUUUGGAGGAUAUAACCAACAACAACAACAAUCGUACAACACUGGACAAUCUGGUAGUAAUUUUGGAGGAUAUAACCAACAACCCCAAAAUAUGAUGAUGAACCAGCCGCGUGGUGUUGUUUCUGGUGGAUACCAACAACAACAAACGCCACAACAACCAUUGAAUACAAACUUUUCAAAUCAAUCGUACCCCAACAACAACAUGGGAGGAAUGACUGGAGGUAACAACAUGGGUAGUGGAAGUGCUGUCAAUAUGGGAGUAGGAAUGCCUGGGGGUAAUAUGGGAGGAAUGCCAAACAUGAAUUAUCAACAAAGUGGUAGUUAUGACCAAAGAUCAGUUGCUAAUUCAUCUUCCCCCUAUGGUGGACCAUCUUCUACCAUCAAACCAAAUCAACCACCCCAACAACAACAACAACAAUCCUAUGGAAGUGUUGGCGGCCUUAAUAGUAACACUCGAAUGAUGCCCCAACAACCAAUCGGAGGUAAUAUGGGUUCUAUAAACAACAUGGGUAGUGCACCAAACAUGGGUGUCAAUACCAUGGGCAGUGGAUCCUCGGGAGGUAACAUGGGAGGAAUGCCUUCAGGUAACAUGAGUGGUUAUGGAAUGUCUACAAUGGGUGGUGGAAGUGGUGGUAAUAUGGGAGGAGGAAUGCCAGGAGGAAACAUUGGCGGAAUAUCUACAAGUAACAUGGGUGGUAUGUCUGGAAACACCAUGGGUGGAUAUAGCAGCAAUAACAUGGGAGGAGGCAUGUCUGGUCCAAGUAUGAACAUGGUAGGAGGAAUGCCAAGUGGAAACAGCAUGGGUAGUGGAAUGUCUGGAGGCAACAAUAUGAACAUGGGUGGUGGAAUGUCUGGAGGAUCAGGUAUGAAUAUGGGAGGAAAUAUGUCAAGCAAUAUGGGAAAUAUGUCUGGUCAAAACAACAUGGGUGGUGGAAUGUCUGGAGGAUCAGGUAUGAAUAUGGGAGGAAAUAUGUCAAGCAACAGCAGCAACAGUAGUAACUUGAAUAACAUGGGAGGAAAUAUGUCUAGUGGCGGUGGUGGUGGUGGAAACGAUUAUCGAUCCUCUUCUUCAUCAUCAUCCUCUUCCUCAAGAUAUGGCCAAAAUAGUAACAGUGGCAUAUCAGAUUUCCCAAGAGCAACUGGACCGGGAUCCUCUUGGAAUAAACAACCAUCUGGAAGCAGCGGUAGUAGUAGCGGCGGCAGCAGACAAUCUUAUAAUAAAUAUGACAACAACAAUAACUCUUCUGGUGGUGGAAAAUAUGAUAAUUAUAAAAAGAAAGAUUAUGGUGGUGGAGGUGGAAAAUCAUACAACAAAUAUGAUAAUAAUAAUAAUAAUAAUAAUAAUACAGGCAAAUAUGGUUAUCACAAAUCUUCAUCAUCCAACGCCACUUCUUCCUCUUCUUCCUCCUCUUCAUCAUUUGUAUCUGACCAUUCCCAUUCGUCAUCAUCCUCCUCUAUUACCUCUUCAAGAGAUAAAAAGUACUCGAGUCACAUACCUAGUAAUACUUUUACAAGUGUAGACUAUGACUAUGGAUUGGUAAAGAAAAUUUUCCCAAAACUCUCAAUCUCGCCAGAUUUCACAAAGUUGACCUCUUGUUGGGUAGAACACACCAACCAAUUGGAAACUGAGCAGUCAAAGCCACCUAUUGUAAACCUCGACCAGUUUAACCCUUUUGUAAUCGAUUCAAAGGAAGUCAAUACACCAAAGACCAAACUUGAAAACACUUCAAUUGGCUCAAAACAAUUUGAACAAUUCAACGGAGUUAAAUACAACGCCAAGGUAAUGCUUUUCCAACAACUACCAGUAGACUCUACAACACCAACCAACCUCUGCAAACGUUUGAAAUUCCUCGUUGCCAAAGAAAACAAGGACAUUUGUUGUAUUGGAGGAACUUGGAGUCCCUCUCUUGAUGGACAAGACAUUGAUAACCCUCAAACAUUAAUUAAUACUGCCAUUCGAACAACCAAAGAGUAUACACAAUUUGAUUUAUCAAAAUGUGUCAAAUGGAUCAAAUUUAUGGAAGUACAUUACUAUCGUCCACCAACAGAAAAGAAUCAACAAUAUCAAGAAGUCACUGUCAUCUUUGUACCAGAUAUUUCCAAUAUCACUCCAAAUGAAAUUAAUCAUUCUCUACUACAACAAGAUAAACCAAGUGAAAAAGAAGAAGGUGAAGACGAUCAUCAUCAACAACAACAGCAGCAGCAGCAGCAACAACAACAGCAACAACAAGAAGAAGGAACAAAUGAAUAUGAUCCCGAGAACCAAGGAGAAGAUAAACAAGAUAGUAGCAAUGACCCCGCCCAGACUGAUGCCAAGAUUUCCAUAACUUCUGAAACGUCGAGUGAGAGAAAGACAACCAGUCCCAACCCUGCACCACUGGUGGCCUUGCCCAAAGAGUUGCAAUCGUGCUUUAUCAUUACUACACCCUUGUCUGAUACGUCCUCGAUCAAGUACCGUGCCAUGAUGCUUUCCUUGGAUGGUUUGUUAGAUUAUGAAGAGAGUGACAAAUUUGAAGGAACCUUUGAAGCAUCUCUUUUUGGUGAGUUGUUUUAUCUCAUGCUGGCCACCGAGAUGGGAAAUAUUGUAAUGCAAGCCUUGCUUGAUUUUACUCCAAUUGUAUCCUCUGAUGAUCAUAGUAGUAGCAGUGGUAGUAGUAACGCAACUGAUACCGCCGAUAGCAACAACCCGACAAAUGUAGGAGAAAAAAGAAAACGUGAAGGAGAAGAGGGCAACAGCGACCAAGAUCAAUCAGCAGCAGCAGCAACUACAUCUACUGAAGAUGCCACUAAAAAACUAAAGCAAGAAACUACUUGUAGCAGUGAUAAUAAGGUAAAUACUAAACCAUCCGACGGCUCACCUUCUACCACCUCCACCACCACCACCACCAACAAUGGCUCACCUUCUGCCACGACCACAGCACCCGCCACAAGUAAGACCGAAAGAACAUUGGUACCAAGAUACAAAGAGGCAUUUGAAUUUUUUGAUCAAAACUUUGUGGAAUAUUUAAAAUCAGACGAUGUAGAAUUAAUUAUCCAUAAUCUUGGUUUGUUCUUGUCACGAUUCUAUGUUCAACGUAUAGUAUCCAAAGUUACAACUGAAUAUUCUUCAAAACAAGGUAGAGUUUAUUAUGACAAGGUAAUUUUUAAAAAUAUUCCAAAAAAACUAUAA